AUGUCAUCAUCAAAUUCAUCGUGUAGCACUGGAUCAUGUGAAAUAUGUGACGGUGAAAAUUUAGCUGUUAUAUUGGCAUUAUAUUGGGUUAUUUAUUUGGUGAUAAAUGCAUUAAUAUUUGCUGGAGCUCUAUAUGCAUUAAGAAAAUGUUUUGAAAAAUCAUCAGAUGAUGGCAAGAAGAUAAAUCCAGAACAACUGUCACGUACAAGUAGUCGUCAACGUUUAGUUAAAUCUACACAUAAAUAA